UCCAUCUCGUCCAGCAUGGAGCUCGCCCGCUCCUCUCUGCCGUCGCUCCCGUCGCAUGCGGUCGCACUGUCUUCCGGCUGUGGAAUUCGCCUUCCGGCCUGGGUCCGUCUCCACGAUCCGCCAGCCUUCUUCUUUGCCCAGUCCUUCGCCACAACCGCCGACUCGCCGUCCUGCCAGCUCCCCGCAUGGGUUUCUCAGCACUUUGGCACCCAUGCCGCCAAGAUAUCUCCCCUGAAUGCCGCAGAUGCGCUGGAUUCCGUCACCGCCGACACUGAAAGCACUGCGGCAGCCACCUCUCGCCUUUCGAUCACCCUUCGCCCAUUGCUACCCCGUCCUUGGGUUCCUACCUCCAGGGGCCUCGAGCAAGCUCGAUCCGCCGACGACAAUCCAAAGCACACCGUCUUCUCCUCGGCCCUCUCCAACCCGCUCCACUCGCCACUAGACUGCUGCGAUUGGUCCAGGCUCUUUGGCAGAUCACUUCACGGGAAGCCGAUUUCAAUAGGCAUCGUCGUUCCUAUCUGGAUCCGCGGCCAACAUAUUCCCUUCCUGGUCGAGCAGGCCUCUGUGCAAUCGAGCGAGGCUUGCUCUGUGGCUGUCGAGUAUCCUCGAUAUUGCAUCGCCAACUCCCGCCAGAUCCAAGUCGCUGUCGUCGCCCCAUCCCGAAUGGUGUCAGAGCGAGCCGGUGUCGUGGGCACCUCUGAUUUCUGGAGACUCGGCUUGGAUCCGCUGCACUACAGUCCAAAGAUAUACCCUCGACAGAUCAGCGAGCUGCACAAGGUCCUUGAGUCCACAUUCAGCCUUGCGUCCUCGUUCAAGACGAUGGACAUGGUUCCUCCUCAGUGGAUAUUGGUUCGAGGCCCUCCCGGGACUGGAAAAUCACAAGCCAUCUCCUAUGUGUUGAAUCGCCUCAGCAGCGUUCCAGCUUUCUCGACCGAUAUACUGGAUACCAUCGUGUCGCUCAAGGACGCUGAGCAGAGCGGCGUCGAUCCUCAGUCGCUUGUAACUCCACUCUUGCGUUCGGUUGAGAUGGCUCGAUUGUCCUCGCCAGCCGUUGUGGUCGUGCACUCGAUUGAUUUGCUUUCCCAAGACUCGAAUGUCGACUUUGAUCUUGGGCUGCUGAGCGCCCAUGUCGACGCUGUCUACAAAAUCGUUCAGCGCGACCAUCGCAUUUGUUUUGUGAGCGAGUGCGACAAGUCCUUCAAGCUACCCAAGAAGCUUGCCCAUGCCGCUGGAUUCCACACCAUCGAUAUCCCUAUCCCAACAUUAGACCAGAGAAAGGAGCUACUGGCGAUCUUCAUUGCCACCCAAGCUGCGUCUAUGGGCUUGUCAGUUGACGAAGCUGCCGUCCAAGGAUUUUCAGCUUCGCUGGCUCAGCGAACCACAAGCUACACAGCUUCAGAUCUGAAGAAUUUUGUGGAUCGGUCGCUCCAAAGCGCCUUCCUGCGGAAGCACAAGUCCAAAGAAGCCGAACCGCAGCGGUCUCACACAACCACGCCGACCGAAGUCGACGAGGUCCUGGCAAGUGACUUUGACCAGACCCACGAGAUUCUCGGUCCGCGCGAAGAUGAUAGCGAGCUGAGCUUGGCCAAGCCCAAACUGUCCUGGGAUGCAGUCGGAGGAUACAAGUCCAUCAAGGAACAACUGAUUCGGCUGACGACCUGGCCCAUCGAACGACCCGAUGCGUAUCAGCGACUUGGUGUCAAACCUCCCGGUGGCAUUCUCUUGUAUGGCCCUACAGGCUGUGGCAAAACAACCUUGGUCAAGGCGCUGGCCUCAAACUGCUCACUCAACUUCAUCGCCGUCAAAAACAAUCAGAUCUUCAACAAGUAUCUCGGCGAAUCUGAGGCAUCCAUCCGACGCAUCUUUGCGAGCGCCCGUCGGUUCGCACCAUGUAUCAUCUUUUUUGACGAAUUCGACACAAUCGGCACAAAGCGCGACUGGCAGGACGACGGCACAACAGGCGUGAACGAGCGCAUUCUCUCGACUCUGCUGAACGAAAUGGACGGCGUCUCAGAGCGCACCGGUGUUCUCGUUGUGGCAUGCACCAACCGCCCAGAGCAGCUGGACGAUGCUCUUUUGCGACCUGGCCGGCUCGACCACCUGAUCUACGUGGGGCUGCCCAGGCUCAAGGAUCGACGGGAGAUCCUGGCGGCGAUUGGACGGAGCGGUGCCCAGAUCGACGGCAAGGUCGACUUGAAUCAGGUGGCCGCGCAGACGAAGGGAUUCAGCUCGGCAGAUCUGAGUGUGCUCCUCCGGGAGGCGGGCAUGUUGUCGAUGCGCGAGUCGGCUGGAGGCGGCAUGAUUUGCUCAAGACACAUCGCUGCAGCCUUGGAAGGUGCCCAUGUCGGCCGCCUCGAUCGUUCAUCGUCGAACCUGCCGAAGACCCAAGCAGCAUCCGUUCAAUCAGUUACGCGACAACUAGCGAACCUGGGUCGCUCGGAUAGCGACGAGUGGGUUUCAACCGACGACGAUGGCGACAACGACAGCGGCAACGAGGCCGACAGCUCCGAGGCGACAGCGAGUGCCACAGCUCCUGUCGGAGCCAGACCUCUCUCUCAAGCCCGAUGGUGGAAGCCCCGGAUGGUCAGCCGGAUGGACCUGGAGCGAUUCCAAAAGUUCCGCCGUGGGCACGAGGAGUAGACGCUGUCCGAAAUGAGCGAGUAAAGCAAACAGCAUGUUCAAGCAAAAUGCAC